GCGCUUGUAAUCGUCUGCUGCGGAGAGAGUUAGCAGACGACGACACUCUCGCUGGCCGUUCAACAUGUUCCGCGCACUUCUAGCUCUCUUGGCACUCAUUGCUGUCGGACACAGCCAGUGCCCACAAGGCGACGGGUACUUUCCGCACGAGUCAUACUGCGACGCCUACUACCAGUGCAAGAACGGCACCGUCCAGGUCGGUACUUGCCCAGACGGACUUCUCUUCAACGUAGACCUCGGACACAAAUACCUCCACUGUGACCAGUUUGGCGUCAACUGCGAAGGUCGUCCUUAUCAGCAGGAAGCCCAAGGACAGGGCAACUGCCCACGAAGGUGGGGCAUGUACACUCACCCUACAGACUGUGGAAAGUUCAUCACUUGCGUGGACGGCAAGAGUUUCGACUUCAACUGUCCAGAGGGUCUUGCCUACAACCAAGAGCGCGGUGUCUGCGACUGGCCUGACCUUGUCGAGCGCUGCGACGCAGAAGCUUUCCUGAACUUCCGGUGUCCCGAACCAUCGCAGUAUGAGCUCCAAGACUUCGUGAACCCGCCGUAUGCUCACCCGUCGGACUGUGCCAAACAUUACGUCUGUGUCGCCACCUUUUACGGCAAGAGGUUGCCACGUCUUCUGUCCUGCGACUACGGGAACGUGUUCAACCCCAACACUAGGGCGUGCGACGAGCCCAUCAACGUCCCAGGAUGCGAGAACUAUUACGGAGCCCCAGAAGAGCCACAGGACCGUCGGCAGUCACUGCGCCAGCGUACGGGCUAGGUUUGUUUAGUGUAUACGUAUGACUGGGUAUUUCUUGUCUGGACCAAUUUUUCACGAGCAUGAACAAUAAAGGCGAUAAGUUAUCCGUA